AUGGCGCCGACUGCCCAGGUACCACCUCCCUCACCAACCCCCGCUAUUGCGGCGCAUGAGCGGCUUGGAGGCUGCGCGUGCGCGUGCAAGGCGGCGGUGAGGUGCCACCCGGCGCUGUCGUCGGAGGGGAAGGCGUCCAUCAGGGGAGUCGUCGGCGAGCUGCUCGCGGCAGCCGGCAAGGACAAGGGCCUCGUCUCCCUCGGCGUUGGCGACGCCUCCGCGCACGCCUGCUUCCGCCGGGGUGGGGAGUUCGCCGCCGACGCCGUCGCCUGCGCCGCCAGGUCCGGGGACUUUGACUGCUACGCGCCUUCCUACGGCUUCCCCGCCGCACGCCGCGCGGUUGCCGACCACCUGUCUCUGUCUGCCGGCACACACCACCGCAUCCGGGAGUCUGACGUGUUCAUGACGGUCGGAGGUACAGGCGCGAUCACUGCCAUCACCAUGGUGCUCGGUGGGUCUCCCGGGGCUAACAUCCUGCUGCCUCGACCGGGCUUUACCCCCUAUGAGGCAGCCUGCGAGCUUGUCGGUGCCGAGCCUCGGUUCUACGACCUCCUGCCCCGGCAAGGCUGGGAGGCCGACCUUGCAGGAGUACGUGCCAUGGCUGAUGGCGCCACGGCAGCCAUAGUUGUCAUCAAUCCAAACAAUCCUUGUGGCGCUGUCUACUCUACGCAGCAUCUUCUCCAGAUUUCUGAAACUGCAAAAGAGUUGGGGGUUCCAGUAAUAGCGGAUGAGGUAUAUGCACAUAUGGUCUUUGGUGCCAGCAAGUUUGUGCCCAUGGCCUCAUAUGCACACAUCGCACCAGUUAUCACUAUUGGAGCCAUCUCAAAGAGAUUCAUGCUACCAGGAUGGCGUCUCGGUUGGUUGGCAUUCUGUGAUCCUAAUGGUGCAAUCAAGCAUGUCAGAACUGCAACUGAGAUGCUACUGAACGUGACUUCAGGACCAGCCUCGAUCAUUCAGGCAGCAGUUCCCAAGAUUCUUUUGGAUGAACAUGACGAGUUCCACCAGAAUGUUGUGAACUUGCUAGAGUCUGCUGCUGAUGCUCUCUACAGAAGAGUGAACCAGAUUGAAGCUCUGCAAUGCUACUCAAAGCCUCACGGUUCAAUGUUCAUGAUGGUUGAAAUCAACACUUCACUUCUGUUCGGCGUUGCAGAUGACAUGGACUUUUCUCACGAAUUGAUCAAAGAAGAAUCAGUUCUUAUUUUACCUGGUUCUGUCCUUGGGUUGAAGAACUGGGUUAGGAUAUUCUUUGGGGCACCUGUUCAUCUAAUACUGGAAGCCUGCGAUAGGAUUGAGUCAUUCUGCCAGAGAAGGGCAGGUCAAGCAAAACUAUUGAAAAAAACGUUCUGA